UUCACAGAACCAAAAGCGGCGCUGACAGGCGGCUCGUCUUGCGCCAACAUGGCUGAUGAAACGCAGAAAGCGCAGACUGCCCAGGCGGGCGGAGACACGAUAUUUGGAAAAAUCAUCCGUAAAGAGAUACCUGCCACACUGAUCCACGAAGAUGACCUGUGUGUGGCCUUCAAUGAUGUUUCUCCUCAAGCUCCCAUUCAUAUCCUCGUUGUCCCAAAAAAGCCAAUUGCCCAGCUGUCUCUAGCAGAGGAGGGUGAUGCUGCAUUGUUGGGCCACUUAAUGUUAGUUGCAAAGAAGUGCGCCAAAGACGCGGGUCUGUCUGAAGGCUACAGGAUUGUCAUCAAUGACGGAAAGCACGGAGGCCAGUCUGUCUACCAUAUCCACAUCCACGUCCUGGGUGGACGCCAGAUGGGUUGGCCUCCCGGCUAAUCACCGUCUCUCAGCACGGACCAUCCAGUCGUCAUUAGUCACAUCUGUUGUCUGACAAACCAUAAUGUUAAGUCUUUAAUAGUUUGUCAUCAGAUAUAAGAAUCAAACAAAACCUGGAAACUCAUCAAUGACAAUAAAAUUAUAUGAAUAAAA